CGGGACACUCCACUUCCUCCUGACAGCACGCUUGCACUUAGCGGGGUUUCUGCCUGAAAAGGAAUGACCCACCCACCCUACACCACAACAGAUGUUUCCAGCAGCCCAGUCAUGACGCAGAGCAACCAGACCUGCUCCAAUCACAAUAUAACGUUCAAAAACAGCCUGUACGCAACCACUUACACCAUCAUAUUCAUCCCCGGCCUCCUGGCCAACAGCGCUGCCCUAUGGGUCUUGUGCCGCUUCAUCAGCAAGAAGAGCAAAGCCGUCAUCUUCAUGAUCAACCUGGCUGCGGCCGACCUGGCUCACGUCCUCUCGUUGCCACUGCGAAUAUACUAUUAUAUUAACUCCACGUGGCCUUUUGGGAAACCCCUUUGCUUGCUGUGUUUCUACCUGAAGUACCUCAACAUGUAUGCCAGCAUCUGCUUCCUCACCUGCAUCAGCAUUCAGAGGUAUUUCUUCUUGUAUCAGCCCUUCAGAGCCAAGGACUGGAAGCGGCGGUACGACAUGGCCAUCAGCGCUGCGGUGUGGCUCGUUGUUGGGGUGGCAUGCUUGCCGUUCCCCAUCAUGCGCAGCUACGGCCUGAACGACAACACAACUACCUGCUUUGCAGAUCUUCAUGUCCGGCCGAUCGACAGCAAGGCGGCCACCGUGCUGAUGAUGGGCACGGCGGAGCUCUUCGGGUUCAUCGGUCCUCUCAUAGUUAUUUUGUUCUGUACUUGGAAAACGAAAGACUCUCUUCGGGGCUUCCAGUUGCCGCUGGAAAACAGCAGCGAGAGGCGGAAAGCUUUAAGGAUGGUUUCCAUGUGUGCCAUUGUGUUCUGCGUCUGUUUUGCACCAUACCACAUCAACUUCUUUUUCUACAUGUUGGUGAAAGAAAAUGUCAUUACAGACUGCUUCCUGAGUACCAUCACACUCUACACCCAACCCUUCUGCUUAAGUCUUGCAAGUCUGGACUGCUGUUUGGAUCCAAUCCUGUAUUUUUUUAUGACUUCAGAGUUUCAGGACCAGAUAUCAAGGCACAGCAGCUUGGUCAUCAGGAGUCGGCUCAUGAGCAAAGAGAGUGGCUCAUCAGUUAAGGAAUGACAAGAAAGCCAGCUUAAAAGAAUGAAGAUAUUUCAUAUGAAACCUGGGACUGACUGUUCUGUGAUACUCGAUUACCAACUCCACGUGGAAGAUCCUGCAAGUUUAUUUGGGGGAGUUUUGUGGCAGUGGAAAUCUCUCGAUAUAUAGAAGAUAAAACCGUUUGUAGGACCAAUGUGUUGGGAGCUGAUGAGCAAUGCAACUGGUGCAACUACACCUACCGCUGUGCCACCCACGCCUGACCUAGCUGGACUAGAAUAUAUACAAAGGGAGCGACAAUAUUUUUGCUGGGAAGUGGAAACAUCCCAGGAGCUUUUCUUCUAUUUUCCCAAUGCCACGGCUCUAUGAUCAAGCCAAAGACAAUCCCACAUCCAUACGCUGACACCUGCAAGUGUCAUCUCUGCUAAAAACAUGCAAAACAUACAAGAAUCUGAAAAUGGCCAGUAAUAAUAAAUGGCAGGUUUGGUCUAUGCAGUCCGGGCUGCAGAUGCAUGGAGGUUGGCAGCUUGCUUCAGCGCGGCAGCCCCGGCUUUGAGCGCAUCCCACUGGUCACCACUCACCUCCACUUCACCUUCCCGGAGCUCCCCCUCCCAUUCUUGUUCAUUAUUUCCUCCUCACCCAGCUCUAAGUUUGCUCCUUAAUUGCUGAUGCAUUGCCUAACGUGCACCCACAGCUGCUGCGAGACCCUUCUGCAGGACCGAUCCUCCCGACAGCUCCCUAAACACUCCAGAGAGUGGGACCUUCCCUUGCCCCAAGUGACUUUCUUCCACUCCGAGCUGCCCCCAGGGGCAAGAGGUGCAUCAGCCUUCGCCGUUGGACACCGAGGGGCAGGACCACCAGGAGUGCACCGGGAGAUGGGCGCAGCCAGACUCAGACUCGGUGCAGGUGGAUUGGAUGAUGCUGGUGGUACCGUUCAGGUCCUCGCUCUCCUCUGCAUGCAGCUUCUCCACCUCAGAGGUACCUGUGAUGGAUCCUCCCCGUCAAACCUCGGCUCAAUGGGUUCAACUGGCAAAACUUUUUACAAGGAGAGGUGCCCUUGCCAAGGUGAUUGCCCUAAUUGAGCAUAGGCUAAUUUCUUAAGUAAAUUAUUCAGUGUGAUUUUUUCCCACCAGCUCCUCUCGUGAUCUUAGUGUUUACAUUUUUAUGACUUCACCAGCUAUGAAGAUACGAAAAGCAGUGACAAGAAAGGAUGCCAUUUAUCCCUUGUUUUAAAUUAGUGACAGCUCUCCGGCCAAGGUAACCCACUUUGUGUAACUUCAAGGGUACCCUCAUGAUACCUGGGGAUUGUUUUGGCUGAACACAGGCACUGAUUUAUUGCCUUUGAAAACCUGUGUUCUUCCAAAAGGAAUGCAUACAAUUCCCAGUAAGCAGCAGUGCCAGCAUCACAUGUUGCUACAAAAAUAGCAGAAAUACCAGAAACGCUUGCUAGGUAUAUUUUAAGUCUAACUGCUCAAUUCCACUUAAUUACAUGUUAAGUCAGCCAAAAAUUUUCUGCAUAUUAUGUUUUCCCACUUGACUGUUUUACAAUAAAAUGGGAAAAAGCAAACAAUAGCCAGGUUUAAAUAACCAUUGCGCUGGAGUUCCUUGAAAAGGCAGCGAAGACGUUCUGGUUUAAUGCAAGAAGCUCGUGUUGUUCUCCUCCCGUUUGCGAGAAGACGAUUCUGAGCGCAGUACGAUGAACUUAUCUUCCAUGUAGAUACGUGAAAAUACCAAAAUAUGCCUAUCUGGAGGAAGUAACUUCCAUGGAGAGAGCGUUAUUAUUGCAGGCUUCCGGCGAGAAAGCUGCAGAGUAGGCAAGCGGUCCCUCUCCCGCUGAAGUCAACGGAAGUGUUUUCUCCCACUGGACUGGCAGCUCCUUACGCCGAUGACGUGCCUACACCUUUGCACACUGCAAGCAUCCCCUUAAAAACAUGAGCGAGGGUUGAGGCUCAGGUACCCAGUUAAGCAGGCGUAACGACAUUUCUGUCAAUUUAGCAGUUUUCUCAUAAGCUAGACCCUGUACAAUAUUGUCAGUGAAGGAGACUUUAGUUUCUGUGUUUGCUUUGAGGAUUUUUGCGGACCUUGAUCAGCUAGCAGGCAGCUGGGACCUGUUUACUGUGAUUUCUUUCUCAUAGAGUUCUCCAUUUAUCGGGUGAAAACAAGUUAAAGGCACUGUUACGGUAACUAUGUAGCUUGUCCUACAUUUUCCUUUCCAAAACCUGAUGCUUAAAAAAUAAAUGCAUUUUUGCAAACAUAGGCAGAGUUUCAUAGCUAUGACUUAUACCUAGAAAACGGGGAUCAGCUCCUCCUUGAAUCAAGGAGUUCAAGGGAUGGAGCGCAUCAACAUUUGUUAUUCUUAAACAGAUCGUUUGCUUGUCUACAGAAAGGUUCCAGCCCAUUCUAAUACAACUGGUGUUUAUG